CGCUAGCUGUUAAAGUUCAUUAACGAUGACACGCAAAACUGGUUCAAGUCAAAUUUAGUCUUUACAGGUACUGGAUAGACAUAACACCUUUUUUUUCCGCAUCUCGUAAUAAUUCGCUAAACUAUUCACAUAUUAAAGAGAGGACAAGUUUUUGUUAUUUGUUUUUAUUACUGAUAAAGUUAAAGAUCUAAGCCGUAUGUGAUCUAUCGUUUCGACAAAGAAACCGUAUUAAUAUCACAUAAAAUAAAAGAGAAAACGUAACGUAAGAUUUGCAACUUAAGAUGGCACCGAUGACCUUGAAGAACGCGGUGGAGCCUAUUCUAUGGCUCAAUCGUAUAUUUUGCAUGGGAAUAUUCGAAAUACCCACAAACAACCCACAACUUAUUUUCAGCGUUCUUUACGUUAUCUUGGUAUCGAUUGGGUAUUUCGUUCUGUUUUAUAAUCUACUGGUCAUCUUUCAAUUAACGCUUCUUCAUGACUUUGCAAUAUUUUUCUUCGUUCUGGGAGUCAACAUCUUUGUUGCUGGCGUGGCUAUAAUUUUGUAUUGGUACAAGUCCGAGAAUUUGCUCAUUAUAAUCAAGAAGAUGAAUUACGCGGAUAGUACUUUAGAGACAUUAGGUAUACAUCAAAAUUAUCGGAAGCUCUUUCACCGCAUUAUAAGCAUUCUAAUUUUCUAUACAAUACUCAUGUUAUUAUUGAGUGUUAUGCAUUUAUUAUGGAUCUACAGCGAUGUCAAUGUCUUCGGACUUACCGUUCUUACUACCAUAUGUUUCUGCUUUCCAAUUAUGGUCAAUUUUGUAGUGGACGUCACUUUCAUCUCCACAAUCAUAUGUGUAAACAGGAAAUUUAAAUAUACGAAUUAUUUAAUCAACAAGGUAGUAGCCUGUGCAAAUGAAUCGAGUGAUUGUAAGACAUUUCGUGAUAAGCGUGAGAAUACACCUAUUACAAUCUACAAAGCACAGUAUAAGAACAACAAACAUAAAAUGAUGCAUCUUAUACAAAUAUUGAGACAAUUACACUUGGAAUUUACAAAAAUAUCACGACUAAUUAACGACACCUUUUGUGCGCAACUUUUGCUCGAGUUUGCUGUACACUUCACAGUAGUAACUGCAUGUUCCUACAAUCUUUAUGCCGCAUUUACUGGCAAAAUAGGUGUGUCAUUUGGAACCGAGAAAAUUAUUUCCACGAUAAUCUGGGGAAGCGUUUAUUCACUUAAAGUUAUAUUUGUGAACAAUAUGUGCAACAAUCUGGCGGCCGAGGCAUAUAAAACCGGCGAAAUUAUACAGUCGUUUGCAGGAUCCGCAAUCGAUGACGAAGUGAGAGAAGAGAUUCAGCAAUUUACUCAACAAAUUAUGCUUAAUGCAUUAAAUUUCACAGCUGCUGGCUUUUUUACAAUUGAUAAUUCUUUCACUGGAAAGUUUUUUGCUACAGUUACUACUUAUGUUGUCAUUUUAAUACAAAUAAACCCACCAAUAUAAGUGCAACAUGGAAAAUAAUCUGAAGAUCACCCCAGAGAGAGAGAGAGAAAUAAACGAUACAUGUGAUAUCUUGCUUAUUUCUUACAGAUACUAGAAUAAU